UCUCCCCUGUGCAAGACUCGCAGAUAAGGAGGGAGACCGCCAAGAACACUUCCUCUGUAUCGACACUUGGGAGCACGAACCACGAGCGAGCUAGGGUUUAAGGCGCUCUCUCGCCUUGAUCGUUCGUCCUUCGAUCUGCUCUCGGAUUGCUCCAAGCUCUACCGCCAUGGCCGACGCCGGUUAUUGGGGUCGCCGGAAUCCGCUCGACCUGUCUCCCCAGCUCUCUAAGCGAGCGCGCAACGAUUACGGUCUUCCGCCAAGAGAAGAUGAGCGUGCUGAGCUCCAAACUCUAAGAGAUUCGACAGCUAUUGGAGCAUCAUAUGACCGUUAUCUCCAGACUACUCAAAAGCGUCCCUGGCUCUGUCGAAACUGGGACCCCAUUAUGAAUCAAGUUAAAACGGGCAUCCUUGACCCUGGGACCCAUGGUCAAAAAGCUUUUACAGGUCAAUUUGCGAACCAAGUUCCUACAGUUUCUGCCAUUAUGCCAGCGGUAACUGGUCAAGGCCUGUGUUUGCCACCUGAGGCCUCAAAUAGUAUAUUUAUUGAAGGCCUUCCUCUUGACUCAACUGAGAGGGAAGUGGCACAUAUAUUUCGACCUUUUUUGGGUUACGAAGAAACGAGGCUAGUGAAAAAGGAGCUUAAACAUCCGGAUGCGGAGCAGAAAGUCUUCAGUUUUGUCGAUUUCACCGAUGCAGUCUGUGCUAUGACAGCUUUGAAUGCCUUGCAAGGGUACAAGUUGGAUGAGCGCAAGCCUGAUUCACUAGUUCUCAAGCUGAAAUUCUCUCGCGCUCCAGAUCCGAAGUCUGGCUAUGGAUAUCGUAGGAAAAGAUAAGAUUCAUGGGAGAGUGCUCCAGCCUGUGGUGAUAUACUCGAUGCUUGAAUCGUCAAAGUUCAAACAGCUCUUGUAAUUGCUUACACUGAACAAUCUCACCUCAUAUAUUAACUUUCAAUAACUUAAAAAAAAAAAAAAACCCAUGACAAUGAUGUAGAUUGCCCUGCAGUUUUGGUCCAGCAAUCUAUCCCCUAAAACUGUUUGGGAUGAUGAAAUGGUGUAAAAGUUGCUUGCUAGCAUUUAUUGUACUGGUUAUGAUUGUUGAUGGAAUGGCUUAUAUCUUUGGCCCGAGUGAUGAUCAGAUGUUCUUUA